AUGGCCAAACAGGAGGAAGCAAAAGCCUUUUUCCUGUCACAGAGGUCGCAGAAAUCGCAAGAAUCAACAACCAGACCUGCAACUCCCCCUCCAGCCACGGCAGGUGCUUCUCCGUCCAUACCAGCAGCUGCGGCGCCUACACCUCAGACUAUCACAACGGCUCGUGCUCCUGUCGCGCCAUUCUCCUUUGUACCACAGAGAAGGACCGAAUUACCGGCUGAAGACGCGAUGGAAGGCGGCGAGCGCCUCCAGAUCGACAUGGCCAGGCCUGAGCCACCAGAGUGGUAUAACAAAAUCAAGCUUGACCAGGUCAGGAAGGCUCCAAGAGUCCCCAUCGGCAUUGAGCAGCACCUCAAUAAGAUCACGAACGGUAUCGGAAAAUGCAACGAUGCAGUAGCCAAGAACCUGCAUCCAGAUCCUGCCGAGUUCACCAAGAUCAACAAUGGCAUCCACCGGCUUUUGCACAACGUUAGAGGUCUGCCAGCAAUCUUCGACUCCAGCACUGUCGAUUACCCAUGGUAUAUCAAGGAGGAGGCUGCCGAGCUAUAUCUCAAGUGGUGGCAGAAGGAUACCAACCCAGACCUGUUCCGUGGCAUCAAGCUGGGCCGCACCAAGAACGCAAAGCUUGGUCGAGAUAGUGCAGUCGACAGCCUGGAUCCCAAAUUUAAGAGAAGAAAGGGCAACGUCUACGGCAACAACUAUCUGCGCAUCGGUCAAUGGUGGCCUACACAACUCUGUGCAGUGAGAGAUGGCGCACACAGUGCCACCAUUGCCGGUAUCUGUGGCAAGACUGGAGAAGGCGCAUUCUCUUGUGUCUUGUCAGGCGGUAGCUACCCUAACAUUGACAGCGGAGAUGAGAUUUGGUACUACGGCACUGAAUCCGACGAUCCAUCCCGUCCCACAGAUGCAACUCAGCACAUGAUCGAAAGCUCUCGCACUCAGAUACCUGUACGUGUCCUUCGUACUUCGAAGAUGACGACCAAGGGUCCCAACGAGUACCGCCCUGAAGCUGGAAUGAGAUAUGAUGGCUUGUACAAGGUCAUCGAUUACGAAGUGGAGAGAGAGGAGAAGCAAGUUCAUCUGUUUCAUCUCGUCCGCGAACCUGGUCAAGGUCCUAUUCGUUACAAGGGUCCUGAGGUCCGUCCUACCCCUGAGGAGUUGGAGGCUUUGGGCAAGAGCAAGUUUGAGAGGCAAUAUCUUGCUUGA